UCGAUGGAGCCAGGAGGGUGCAGCUUGGCCCGGAGGCUGGGGUGCCGGCUCUGGAUGGCCAUCAGCAAGGCGCUGUUCGCCGAGUUCCUGGCCACGGGGCUGUACGUGUUCUUCGGCGUGGGCUCGGCCAUGCGCUGGCCCUCGGCGCUUCCCUCUGUGCUGCAGAUAGCCAUCACCUUCAACCUGGCCACGGCCAUGGUGGUGCAGGUGACCUGGAAGGCCAGUGGGGCUCACGUCAACCCCGCCGUGACACUGGCCUUCCUCGUGGGCUCCCAGAUCUCCCUGCCCCGCGCUGUGGCCUAUGUGGCUGCCCAGCUGGCAGGGGCCAUUGUGGGGGCUGCUCUGCUCUACAGGGUCACCCCAGGAGACAUCCGAGAGACCCUCGGGGUCAACGUGGUCCAGAGCAGAGUCUCGGCGGGCCAGGCGGUGGCGGUGGAGCUGGUUCUGACCCUGCAGCUGGUGCUCUGUGUCUUUGCUUCCACCGACAGUCGGCAGACGUCGGCUUCCCCGGCCGCCAUGAUCGGGACCUCCGUGGCCUUGGGCCACCUCAUCGGGGUCUACUACACCGGCUGUUCCAUGAACCCGGCCCGCUCCUUCGGUCCUGCUGUCAUCGUUGGCAAGUUCGAAGUCCACUGGAUCUUCUGGGUGGGACCCCUGACAGGGGCUGUCCUGGCAUCGCUCAUCUACAACUUUAUCCUGUUCCCUGACACCAAGACCCUGGCCCAGCGGCUGGCCAUCCUCACAGGCACCUCGGAGAUGGAGAAAGUGGAAAUGGUGGAGCCCCAGAAAAAUGAACCCCAGUCCAAGCCAGGGGACACCGAAAUGGAGGAUGUGGGUCAGAUAGCAUAGAACGUGGCCCUUGCCGCAGGCUUUUGAGAGGCCUGUGCGUGGGCAGAUGCCUCGUGUGGCCGGAUUUCAGGUUUUCCGAGGAAAGGGGGGUGUUUAAGGGUGUGUAGGGAGGCUUGGCCUCUUGUCCUAACAGGUUGGGCAGGGGAUACCAACCCCACUCCCAGGCAUACAUUUCUAGAUA